UGGCGAARAGCGAGUCCCGCACUUCGCUGCUGAAGGCGGCGGGGAGCCGGCGGGCGGCGGGCGGCCAACCCCAGCCCCGCGGCAGCCGCGUCCGGGACGGCAAAGGACAAGGCGGGCAGAUGGGGAGGGAGCUAAGCCAGGAGCAGCUCCCCGGGGAGCCCAGUGCCCGCAGGCCGCUCUGCCACCCGGGCGCCCGGGAGGACGGAGCGAGGGGCGCGGGGAAGCUGUCACAUGGACGGGGGGAGAGCCAGCCCGAGCCGGCGGAAGGAGGUCCAAGGAGAGGCAGCGGCAAGGAACCGGUGCGGACAUCCAGGCAGCAUCACCACCUCCCGCCGCACGCCAGCCACGGUCACCCCCAGGACCAGCAUCAGCUCUCAGACAGGGAUGGGGAGGAGGCAGAGGAGGACUUUUUCUUCAGUCACAGGCAGAGGUCCAGCAGAGAGUCCCUGAAGCUCUCGGAAGGCGCUUCACCUCUGUCCAAAUCCAGCAGCAAGUGCUCCACCAAGUCCAGCGGCAGCGAUCGGUCAGUGGAAGCGGAUCCCCUCAUCCAGCAGCUGCACCCCAUGCUCAGCUCGGUCUUUGGCCAGAUCCGCCAUGACGAGAAGACGAGCUAUAAAGCUGUCCAGACGAGCGAAGAGGGGUCGUCGGCUUGCGAGUACCAGGGUCCGCUCAUGGUGCUGGCCCAGAACUGCGCCGUCAUGCACAACCUGCUGGGGCCAGCAUGCAUCUUCCUGAGGAAGGGCUUCGCAGAAAACAGGCUGCCUGAUAGAGAACUGCGUCCGGAAGAAAUUGAAGAAUUAAGAGAAGCCUUUAAGGAGUUUGAUAAAGACAAGGAUGGGUUUAUUAACUGCAGGGACCUGGGGAACUGCAUGCGGACCAUGGGCUACAUGCCUACUGAGAUGGAGCUAAUAGAGCUCUCCCAGCAGAUCAACAUGAACUUGGGUGGCCAUGUGGAUUUUGAAGAUUUUGUUGAGCUGAUGGGACCAAAACUUCUAGCAGAGACUGCAGACAUGAUUGGUGUGAAAGAACUCCGUGAUGCCUUCAGAGAGUUUGACACCAAUGGUGAUGGGGAGAUCAGCACCAGUGAGCUGCGAGAAGCCAUGAAGAAACUUCUAGGGCAGCAGGUGGGUCAUCGGGAUAUUGAAGAGAUCAUCCGGGACGUGGAUCUGAAUGGAGACGGGCGUGUGGAUUUUGAAGAGUUUGUUCGCAUGAUGUCCCGUUGAAGAUUAUUCUCAGCUAAAGAAGAAUCAGCACCUUAGAGAGGGCAGAAGAGGACCUAGAUGGAGCAUCUAGCCCCGAUGUUCCUACAUGAAGGUUUAUCGGCUGGCUGCAAUUAGGACAUUGCAAGAUGACCUGCUGCUCCUCCCUCAUGGUGGUCCCCAUGCCCCUCCACCCUUUCACACUGUGAAAGACUUGCAACUUCCUACAACUGGAACCAUUCCUUGAAGAUGAUUGCAGGAAACUGCAGAGCCAGGACUUGCCAUGAUUUCAUGGGCUAUUUGCAACUUUAGACUCCUCCUCCCCAGCUUUAUUCUCCCACCAGCUAUUGCAAAGCAAAAGCAGGAGAAAUCCUCUUGACUUGGUGGAUGAGAGCAAAGCCAUUGGGACUGGUGGCAGCCUCAGGGCGUGCUCUGCACUUGUUAGUUUAGUUUCCCUUGGUGAACCGUGUCUGUGUUUGCUGUCUCAGUGUGUGUCUAUCUGUGUGAAGUUCUUUAUGCUUCCCAAACACUUAUUUGCAUCUCCUAUGGUUAUGUUUACUAAGAGUAAAUUCAACUAUAUGUCUUGUGGGGGGAAAAUGAUAAAUAUGCACGUUGAAAUUAUGUGGAGCCUGGAUGUCCCUGUGAGAGGUUGUGGCCGGGCUGGGGGAGAAGGGCUUGGGCAGAUGCACACGCCAGUGUCUGCACUGGGAUCCAGAGGCAAGUCCCUGCUGCAGGAAGGGGAGUCAGUGCUGGCCACUGAGCCUGUGUCAGGAGUCUGCCCUCUCUCCUGCUGUCCCCGUGGCCAAGGGGUCUGGAGGUGCCUUACGAUGAGGGUGGUGUUGAGGGUCCUCAUCUCUGCAUCCCUUCCACUGGCAUGGGUGCAGGUGAGAGCCCCUGUGGUAUCAUGGCAAGGAGCAAUGGGAGAAAGGGCCCAGAGUGGAGCUGGGUGGGAAGGGGACAGCCAGCAAUAGCCAACCUCACCCUUUUCAGAUAAUUUCAAACACAGCUGUGAGUACAUGUACAGUGGGGCCAUGCUGUGGGAGCUGAGCUGUAACUCCACUGGUGCUGGAGAUUGGCAGGGAGCCUCCUUGUGUGGCAGUGCCCUGUUCUCCAGCCUUUUCACACUCAGAAAUGCCUCAUGUAUCUGCAGCAGUGACCAUGACAGCAGCCUCCAGACCCUACCAGCUGCUUCCAGACACAUCAGAACUUAUCCUGCUUUCCCCAAGACACUCUCAACCUACCACUCCCCCUACUCUACCAGACCUGCARUUGUCUCCUUUCUCUAUGCAAAGGCUCAGUCACAAGUUGCCAACAUUAAUUUCUGCUUGGCUUCAAAGGGCACCAUCAUCACAUGUGUUUCUUGGUGUGAGUGGGAGCUAUUUUCCUCUCGGUUGCCUCCUUACUCAAAUGGGGAGGUCAAGGACCGAUAACUUCCUGCUUCCUCCAUCUCAAAUCUUUCCCUUCUGAGGUUCUCUUUCAGAUUCUUGGGGUUCACAAAUCAUGUCCCAAAGGAGGAUUUUCUCUUCUGCUUUCCUGUUGCUGUGCCAACCAGCAUAGCUGCUAUGAUUUCUGAUGCUCCAGCAAUGGAAAAACAAUGUUUCUCCUUAUAUUUGUGUGUGCGUAUGCAUGCUUCCUUAUGUUUGCACAGGUGUGUGCACUAGGAAGGGUUUGUGUGUGUGCACAUAAAAGCAAGUGCAGAUAGGUACUUGGGAGUGCAGCAGUAGAUGAGUUUGUAUGCAAGUGGGUGUACGCAAACUGUGUAUGUAUCUAUGGAGCUGGUCCCAUCUUGGAAAUGUGGGUGUGAACCAAGAAACUGGAAAAUGGAUAUUUGCAGAUCUCCACAUUUACUGGCACAGCAGCUGUAUUGUGGUUAGGAGAUGCGGGUGAUAAACUGAACAUGGUUAGGAGAUGAUGGUGAUAAACUGAACAGAGU